AUGUCGCGCCGGACAUCAGCCCUCCACUACCCUCCGGCCAUGAUGUCUCCCGUUGACACCGCAUAUACCCUCCUCUGCCUCUCAGAGUACGCCCAUACUCUCGACAGCCUUCCCAUCGACCUCUCUCGCAGCUAUGGAGACCUCCGCGAACUUGACGCUGUCCUCUCUUCCUCCAUGACUCUCCUCACCGCCAAGAUCAACGAGCUCAUUCACAUGAUUGAGACCAAGACCGGCACCAACGACGACCGCCUCUUCCUCCUCACCGAAAUUGCGGAGGAGGCCGGCCGGUUGAAGCUCGGUGGUGAGGACAAAAUCCGCGUCGCCUGCCACGCCGCCGAUGGCCUUCGUGCGCAUCGCAACAACAUGAACGCGCUCCUUGAACAAGCCUCGGACAAGGACUUCUCUGCCGCCGCCGAGGCCCUCGCGCGCAAGACCGUGUAUCCCCACGUCGCCACACACAAGUUCUACCCCCCUGGCAUGACCGGUGAGGGAGGCCGUCGCGCCCGACGGGCUCCAGGCGCAUCCAACGGUUAUGGUCAGCUCCUCUCAAAUGGUGUGGACCCUAGUCCUGCGAAACGGAGGAAGGUCGCCAAGGACGACGACGUCGACGUUACGAGAACGCCCACCAAGAAGGAACGCGGCGACGCCGCACCAGCCCAACGGCCUAGGAAUGGAGGGAGAGCAAAGAAUCUACCCUCUAGAGUCGCGGACAGAGCAGCGUCCCCCACCGAGUCCAUCGCGUCUGUCGCUUCUCACCUUCCACAAGCCCUUCCGCCCCACCCCCUUCUGUUUCCGCCCUCUAGUCGUGCCGCGAACAACAGCGUGUCGAACAAACGCCCCCACCAUGUCGAACCUUCCGUCAGCCGUGUUGCCUAUCCCGCUCAGCCGCCUCCUUCGAGCCACCCAUCUCUCCCAGCACCGUACCCUCCGCCUCGAGGCACGCCGAUGGUCGACGCGCAUGCAGUGCGCGCUAUGAGCAACGUUCCGGACUGGCCCCAUGGACAACUCGAAGGCCCGGGCAUGCCCGUCGCGCGCGCGUUCCAGCAGCUCAUAGGCACGAACGACGUGGAUCCGGGUGCUGUCAGUGGUGCUGGAGAGGGCGAAGGAGAGGUGGACGACAACAAGACUUACUGCUUCUGCAAUGGCGUGAGUUAUGGGGAGAUGAUCGCGUGCGACGACAAGGAGUGCGAGCGCGAAUGGUUCCAUCUGCCAUGCGUAGAUCUCCAGUUCCCUCCGGAAGGCACCAAGUGGUUCUGCAGUACUUGCCUGGAAAGACGCGCGAAUCGCGGAAGGACUAACCGAGGAGGGAAGAAGCGUGCGGCUGGAGGACGUGCUGGUGCGAAGAACACUUAA